CCGCGCUCUUCCAAAUUCCCAGUUCUCCCUCUGUCUCUUCCAGGUACACGCCCUUUGACUUGUCAAGGGGGAAAAGUUUUAAGGAAAGAAAAAAAAAAAAAAAAAAAAAACCUAAAUCACGGAAGAGAUUCUGCAGUCCUACUAGUUUGGCAAGUUCUCUGGGCUCAAAGCGGCGUUGAAAGGCGGAGAAGAGGGCAGAAACUCAAAUUUGUGCACAUUUCUACACUUCACUUGUCCCGCAGACGGUAUACGAGAGAGGAGUCAUGGAGGCUGCCAUUCAGACCAUGGUGAAGGUCUUCCUGAAGUCGACCAAGGGAAAGGAGAGUCUAGGAAAGAAAGAAUUCCAGAGCCUCGUCAAGAGUCAGCUCAGCAACAUACUGUCGGACACAGACAGCAAGGAGGCGGUCAACAACAUGGGUCAAGGACUGGAUGAAAACCAGGAUGGCAAAGUUGGCUUUGAGGAGUACCUAAAGCUGGUCGGCUACCUGGCACUCUCGGUCAGCGAGCAGCGUUCCCUCGCCAAAGAGGAGCCUGCCCAAAAUGCUGCAUCCGGGCAAGUGGCGCAAAGCUCCCCUGACAAAGAAGAGGAGAAGACAGGGGCAAACCUAGAGGCAAAGGAGGAAGCAAAGCCAGGAGCAAAUGAAGAGGCGAAGGCAGAAGCAAAUGCAGAAGGAAAGGUAGAAGCAAAUGCAGAUGGAAAGGUAGAAGUAAAGGUAGAAGUAAAAGCAGAAGGAGAGACGCAGCCCGAGGCUGCGAAGGAGGAGCCCACAGCAGCAGCGGUGGCAGCAGCAGCAGAGGCAGUUACAGCAGAAGCGGCAGCGGCGGCAGUAGAAGUGGUGGUGAAAGAAGAGGAGAAGGUGGAGGAAACAGAAAAGGUGGAGGAAGCUGCAGAGAAGCUGGCGGCAGCUGUGGAGGAAGAAGUGGAGAAGAAGAAAGAGGAGGCGACCUCAUAGGGAACAAUCCAUUGCUUCACAGAAAAUCACACUACACACUUACAUUAAACACUACACAAAACAUAGCAUUGACAUUGACAAAGUAAGUUUGUAAGCCACUAAAGAUGUUUUUUUAAAUACAACUUUGAAAUAGAAGAUAUGGGUAAAAGUUCAAACACUACAAACCCAGCUCUGAAGAAACCCCAUUCUUUAUAUAUGAUAAAUAAUACAUGUACAUGACAGUAGAAUUAUUGCUUUGUACUGCUAGUUACCACUAUGUUCAUAUGUACAGCAUGUGCAUCCCACUAUCUAGCACAUUUACCUCAUCAUGAUAAUAUACCAUGACUGCAUGCGGACGUACACUAUCAUGUGCAUGCCAUAUCCCUGUGAAAACUUUACUGCGAAGUAUGAUUCCCCUGCACACGAGACCAAGGUGUUACUACACGUUAACACACUGCUGCAGACAAGAGGUUCAGUUUAAAUCUUGCCCUCUCCUUACUUUUGACUCUCUCUGGGUCUCUUCUUCCACAGUCGUGUCACGCUGCCCUACAUUACUUACUGUUCAGUCCUCCGGGUGAUAUAUCGCUAGUAUACAUCUCACUAGGUACUAAUGGCUUAAAGGAACAGUUGGGCAUUUCGGGAAAUAAGCUUAUUAGCUUUCUUGCCGAGAACACAGAGGAGACAGUCGACACCACUCCUACACUGUGUGUGUCCAUUGAAUAUGAAGCUACAGCCAGCGGGUGGUUAGUUCAGCCUAGCAUAAGGACUGGAAACAGAGGGAUCUACCAGCUCAUUUAAAGCUCACUGACUAAAAUGUUAUAUCUAGGCAGUUUAAUCUUGUUUAUACUUCGGUUUUUUGCACUGAGUAAACAAGCAAGAUAUAACGUGUUAAUUAGUGAGCUCAAAACCUGCUGGUAGGCAGACGUUGUUUCCGACAGACAGAGCCACGCUAGCCAUUUCCCCCUGUUUUCAUUCCUUAUGCUAAGCUAAGCUAAAUGGCUAAUGAAUACAGCUUCAUAUUUACCGGACAGAUAUGAAAGAGGUAUCAAUCUUCUCAUCUAACUCUUGGCAAAAAAAGAAAAUAAGUGUGAUAUAAAUCCCAAAAUCUCAAACUAUUCCUGUAAUGGUUGCAUGAAAAUCUGUCAAUAACACUAUAUUGUUUUUUUUGUUUUUUUUACAUUCUCAUCUUUUAACUCGCCGUGCUAUGGAGCAGAUUUGGCAUGACAAUAAACAAAUUGUUUUGCUGAAGCUUUGCAUUCAUCUUAUCAUAAAUGUGUACUCAAUGCCCCAUCACACCCUCCUCCCUUUCUUUCAGUCUACUUUAUGGGCUCUUUGUCUCUUGCUUUUUUUUGUCUUUAAUUCCCAAAGAGGUUAACUUCAUCUGGAGUCUAUGGUAUAUUCUCCUCACUAGUAGUCAGCCAUGGAUUAGGAACUGGAAGAUGAGGCGUGGCCCUUGGCUAAAUAAUUAAGGUUCAAGGAUGGAACCCACACCAGGACCCUUAGGGUCAAAGGGGAGCCAAAAAUAGCCCCAUGGGAGAGAGCUGGUCACUGGAGGAGCCAGUCAGCAAAGGUCUUUAUGCAACCUAAUCCAACUGGAUUACAACUGGUGGACAAGAACAAGAUAACAAACACCAAGAAGUAAAGAAACCCACAACAGGUGUCAGCUGGUGGCAGUUUUUAUCUAAAGCAAUAUACGAUACAAUAAUUACAUAUGUUGUUAUUUUGUUUUCCAAACCACGCUGUUACAAUGGUCAUAUUCUACUUAUUGAUCCAAAAAGGUGCUGGAGUGUUGAGUAUCUGGCGUAGCACUGGAUUGGAGUGACCAAAUCUUGACCUCUUUUUUUGAGGCUCUGUUUAAAAUUGCUGAUUGUUGCUUGUUGUUCCCCAUUGGUUUUAUCACCAGUUGUUCAGGCUUGCGUGUUUCUGUGUCGGUCACACCCUUGCACGGUUUAAAGACCCUGGAUUCCUUGAGUCCCAGGCAUUGGGGAACUACUGGAUUAGGCAUCUGAUGGGUAACACACCCUGGGACUCAAACAAUUACGUGAAAGUAAUCCCGGGCGCCAUUGAUCCUGCCCAUCAGACGAGGUGGUAGUGUCAGAGGGAUCACUGUCAGAGGUUGUGCUUUUUUUAAGUAAAAAAGAAUGCUGAGCCAUCAAUAUGAAUCUAUGUGGUGUGAUAUUUUACAACUGACUAAUAAUAAGGUGUUGCAUGCUAUCAGAAACUUAUUUGCUAAAUAUUACCAUUGUAUUGCCAUUAUUUUGGCCAUUAUUUAAGUUCUACAUGGCCUCUUUAUAUUUAACUUUUUAACCGAAUUCUUUCUUGUUUGGACCACUAUGGAGAUCACUUGAAAUUUUAGUUCUUUGUCACAUUACAUGCAAUUUGUUAAUUAGAAUUUAAUGAUUUGUAAAUUGUCUCAUCAUCAAUAAUGUAGCCAUUAGAAAGGGGCUCGUGUUUCAGGAUUGCUAUGUUAUAGGUCUACCUGGCCAGCUGCGCAGUGCUUAAGGCACACAUGUUUUGGGCACACUACCAAAUCCGCACCUUAUGCACUGUAACAGCACCAGGCACUUCAAACUGCUUGGCAGCAAAAUGGGCAAGACAAACAAAUCGAGUCAUGUGGUCAUCCUGCCUCGCUGCGACACUCCCAUUGUAAAUACUCUCAUUUACAAUCACCCUGCUCAGCCUUUACACUCAUACAGUAGUACGCUAUGUUUCCUGCAUGAUCUAUUACUAACAAACGCAUUUUGGGCUAUUUAGACUACAUCAUUAUUUUUUUUAUUAAAACCUAUAUUCUUUUUAUAUGAAAAAUUUUUCUAAUCUAGGUACUUCCUGUGAAUAAUGGAAACAUAUCACUCUCUUGCACCAUCUACAGCCCUUUUCCUGUUCAACAUGUACGAAGGCCUCAAGCACUUGUAUCUUUCAUAUAUGUGUGUUUAUAUAUAUAUAUAUGUAUAUAUAUACACACACACACACACACACACACACACACACAUACAUACAUACACACUAAUGGCAAGCUGCAUACUUUAUUUGCCAUAUUCCAUAGGCCAAGUGUGUUUAAACACUGCAGUUUUUAUCACUUUUAUCCUCGUUCGGGUAAUUCAUUUAAAAUGUGAUCUUUUAUUCUUUCUUUGCUCUUAACCGAUCAUCAUAAGAGAAAUUAUCGUAAGAAGAAACUACACUACCAACAGAUUCCUGGAUUUAGAGUGAACAGGCUUGGGUUAAACAUCAUCUGGAAAUUAUUUUAUCUCAGCUAAUGCUUUCUUUUAAUCUAUUUGGAAAAGGACGGAGUGAGAUGUACAGGGUUGAACUGUCUGCACUGGCAGUUUUGUUGCUGUCCCAUAGUGUAAACCCCACCCAACCUUAACUCCAUGUAGAUUAAAAACAUGCUGGAACCAGACACAGCAGAUUUGCAGCGGGGAGUGUUUGCAGCCAGAUUUUUAUUGCCACACAAUGAGUCUCAUUCACUGAGACACAGUAGAUGAAGAUAAAAGCCUGUGUCAAGAACCCUCCCAGUGGUGUACAUACAAGUAUAUAGAUAUGCUUUAAAGGCUCACUGGGUCAAAAUGUUUGUGAUUAUGGGACCAUUCCCAGGAUACUGUGCAGGCUUUCAUCACUGUACAUUGAUGUUCUCUGUUUAUUUCCUGCCGAGUACUAGAGGGUGUUUUUGUUUAGCAGUUGGACUAAUUUCAGUCUACUGUCAAGUCUACUAAAACUCCACUAUGCUAGUAUUUCAAUUUCAUAUGAAAUGCUGUAUCAUUUUUGUUUAUUCUAUGUAACGUGUAAUGGCUAAUAUUGAAUAAAACUGUGACAA